AUGGCAUUGGUGAUGGUCACAGUGAAGUACAUCCCCGAUGAAUCGACCCGGUGCCAUAGAUUCAAGAAGCGCUUCAAAGGCCUAAUGAAGAAGGUGGACGAACUAGCCAUCCUGUGCGAUGUCAAGACCUGCAUACUGGUGUACGACGAGGGCAAGGCGGCGCCGGAGGUGUUCCUUUCCCGGGCCGAGGCGGUGGAUAUCCUGAAUCAAUUCAAAAGCAUGCCAGAGUUGGGGCAGUGCAAGAAGGUGAUUAACCAGGAGGGCUUCACCGCCAAGCGCAUUAACAAGCUCCGGGACCAGGUCGACAAGACCCGCCGCGAGUGCGAGGACGGCGAGAUCAGGUACCUCCUUCACAAAACCAUGCAUGGCGACCACUCAGGCCUCGUUGGCCUCAACAUCAAGGAGCUCACCAGAGUUGGCUACAAGGUGGACAUGCUUCUCAAGAGCAUCAGUCAACGCAUGGCAAAAAUCCAUUCCCAGGUGCCGCCGCCAACUCCAUGUGUCACCACCGACAUCAUUGACAUGGGGUCUCCAGUGUUGUAUCCGACACCACCUCAGCAGCAGGAGGGCCGGCCUGACAUGGUGAGCUCCGCAUGGGACCUCGACACCCUGGUCUAUAGUGGCUAUGCCGGCGCCAACUUCUCUAGCAGUGAUAUGAUGCAGAUGUUGUCCUUUGAUAUGGGGUUCGGUUCUAGUCAUUCCCCUCCCAUGUAA